CCAGACAAUCAAAUCAAUAAUAUCAUGAAUUUCAACAAAUUCCUUCAAUUUUCCUCCUAACAUCUCAUCACACACUUAGCCUUUUUCCCUCUUUCAUACUAUUAAUACCACACUCUUUUUUGCUCCUUCAUUCUCUCUUUCCUUCUCAAAUUUUUUCUUGUAUAUCACAAGAAAAUUAAUCAUUUCUUUUCCUUUCUAAUUUCAAUUCUUAGCAAUGGGUGGUGAUCACAAAGAGAAGACCACUAUAAUGGUACUAAAGGUUGAUCUUCAGUGCCCUUGCUGCUACAAGAAGGCCAAGAAAAUUCUGUGCAAAAUGCCUCAGGUUCGAGAUCAGAUGUAUGAUGAGAAAGCUAAUACUAUCACCAUUGUCGUAGUGUGUUGUAGUCCUGAAAGGAUUCGUGAUAAAUUGUGUUGUAAAGGAGGAAAAGCAAUCAAGAGCAUUGAGAUCAAAGAGCCCGGAAAGCCCAAAGGGCCCGAGAAGCCCAAGGAACCAGAGAAGAAAGUCACCUUUGAGAAGCCUAAAGAGCCUGAGAAGCCCAAGGAUAAAGCAAAAGAGCCCGAAAAGCCCAAGGAUAAAGCAAAAGAGCCCGAAAAGCCCAAGGACAAAGUGAAAGAGCCCGAAAAACCCAAAGGACAAGAAAAGCCGACGGUAAUUGAUAAGCCCAAGGACAAGCCCAAAGAUCCCGAAAAGCCCAAGGAUGGUCCUAUAGCUGCAAUGGUGGCAACACCGUGGAUAUCUGAACCAAUGAUGAUGAUGAUGCCACCAGUUCAAGGGUACCCGCAAGCAACACCUGGAUGUGGUUGCGGGCAAUGUUACUAUACCGGUGGCCCGUGUUAUCAGUAUUUCGGAACACCGGUACCCCCACAGCCCACCCCAUACUACGGUAACUACUUGUAUGGAUAUGGGCCUGGGCCUGGGCCUGGGCCUGUGCCUGGCCCAUCUAGCUAUGGAAAGGGUUGUUAUGUGAACAAUGAUUACUAUAAUGAAGAAAAUGGUCAAGGAUGCACAAUUAUGUAAUGUGACCCAAAUCAUUGUGGGUCACUUAAAUGGGCCUACUUUCUACUUCUUUAUUGGGCUUCUAAAAGAGUCCAGAACAAAGUUUUGGGCUCCACGUGAAUGUCUAUUUUCUGUAUUAUUAUUGUAUUCAUUAAAAUAAUAGUACCAAAUACGAUGUAUACAAGGUAUAUAGAUUUAUUUUAAUGAAAAAAAGUGCAGAAAGAGAAUAAUAAGUAGGUGACCUGAUAGAUGGUGAACUGUCUUGUUAUAUUAUAUAUAGUAAUUUGUUAUACCAUUUGAUUAAUGAUUUUAUAAAAGUACUUCACUAA